GUCAACUCUGUCAUCACAAAGACCGUAAGGAAAUGGGGGAAAAAGAAACGUAUUUGAUCACAUGUAAGCGCCCAUAAGCAAGAUGAUCCAGUCAGACAAAUUCAGUUCAAAAUAUAUUGGCUUGAUAUGCAUCAUAUUUUCACAUGUACAAUAGAGUGGCUACUUCAUUAGUCAUAAUACAAUCUUCAAUGUUCAAUUACCAAAUUUACCUUUGCAGAGGAAGUGCUUCCACUUCAGAAGAGGACCAGUUAAAAUUUACAGUAGAUCAAUUGAUGGCCACAGUUAGCUGAAAUGGCAACAUGUUUUACAGUUUUUACAGUGUAAUGUUAAUGACCGAACUCUCAGUAAACUAACAUUGUUUGGCUCCUGAGUUCUCUCUCCUCCAGCCAGGCUCCAGCAGCCAAACAAAGUUUGUCUGAAGUUUCCUUGUUGAAGCUUUGACCUGCAGACCAUCACACACACCGGCUGGACAAAGCUCGUUUGUUCUUACCGUUUCUCUGCUGAGUGAGAUUCACAGACUCCUGCAGGUGAUGGGCGUCUUCACGGAGCGCCGAGUCGCAGGUCUGACAGGGAGUGUUGCCGUUAAGACCUUGUUAUUCCCGACUGAGACCAAUACCAAUUAUGUUGAGAUGGUGCCCCAGAAAUCCCUGUACAUGAGGGCUUUCACUCUGUGCAUGAAUGUGGCCACAGAGCUCAGCGGAAGGCGCGAGGUCAUCCUCUUCGCAUAUCGGACUAAGGACAAUGAUGAGCUGAAUGUGUGGCGUGAACUGGACGGCAGAUUGUCCCUCUACCUGACUGGAUACAGGGUUCUCUUCAAAGUCCCUGAGCUCGGCGCCCUGCAGACCCACCUCUGCGUCACCUGGGACUCCAGUUCAGGUGCGACUACCUUCUUCAUGAACGGGAGGAAAAGCUUGACCAAAAUUUACAGGAAAGGUCACUCUGUCGAACCCGGAGGCAGGGUUCUCCUCGGACAAGAUCCAGAUACUUAUGAGGGUUCUUUUGAUAUCAAACAGAGUUUUGUUGGGGAGAUCUAUGAUGUUAAUUUGUGGGACUCUGUCCUCUCAGACAGCACGAUCCAAGACAUGUUCUCAGGGAAGAGAGUGACAAGAGGAAAUGUCAUUGACUGGGAAACCACACAGCUCAAAAUUAAUGGGGAGACCUUGGUAUUCCAGACUGAGACAGAUACCAAUUAUGUUGAGAUGGUGCCCCAGAAACCCCUGGAACUGAGGGCUUUCACUCUGUGCAUGAAUGUGGCCACAGAGCUCAGCGGACAGCGCGAGGUCAUCCUCUUUGCUUACCGGACUGUGCACGAUGAUGAGCUGAAUGUGUUUAGAUUGUCCUUCUACCUGAGUGGAGACGGGGUUCUCUUCAAAGUCCCUGAGCUCGGUGCUCUGCAGACCCACCUCUGCGUCAUUUGGGACUCCAGUUCAGGUGCGGCGGCCCUCUUCAUGGACGGGAAGAAAAGCUUGACCAAAAUUUACAGGAAAGGUCACACUGUCCGGCCCGGAGGCAGGGUUCUCCUCGGACAAGAUCCAGAUUCUUAUCUGGGUGGUUUUGAUGCCAAACAGAGUUUUGUUGGGGAGAUCUAUGAUGUUAAUUUGUGGGACUCUGUCCUCUCAGACAGCACGAUCCAAGACAUGUUCUCCGGGAAGAGAGUGACAAGAGGAAAUGUUUUUGACUGGGAAACCACACAGCUCAAAAUUAAUGGAAAGGUAGAGGUUGUUACCCAUGAGCUGUAG